UAAUAAGAAGUCCCUGCAGAGGGGAGCUUGGCUGGUGGUGUUUUGUGAUUUCUCAGAUAACAAGAGCUUCACAUUUCUGUGGAAUUCCCAUUUGCCAGCGAGCUGCUGCUGCUGCUGCUGCCCUGAUUGAUAUAUGACUGCAAUGGCACUUUUCCAUUUGACAUUCCCCCUCUCUCCCUCGCUCUCCCUCUCUCUCUUAAACAACAGCCCUAACUUUUGUGUGUUGCAAAUAUAAAAGGCAAGCCAUGUGACAGAGGGACAGAAGAACAAAAGCAUUUGGAAGUAACAGGACCUCUUCUUAGCUCUACAAAGAGUUCGAGGAAAGGAAGGACUGGUGCAUUUUCCAGAGGUGGCCGGCGUGACACGCAGCGCGGCGUGGCUGUGCCGCCCGGAGCGAACACGGGAGGAUGCUGCGCGACCCCAGACCGCCCGCUGAAGGAGAGGGAGGCUCUCCUCCGUUCCCGGCAGAUCGUUUCCCUGUGUGUCAGCGCCAGAGGCACGAGCAUGACUGUUCUCUGUUUCUGUGGGACGAAAGAAGAAUUUCCCUGCGGUGAGCCCGGUGGCCAAGUGUCAGUGUAGUGUCACAGCGAGGCUCGGGAGCGGACACUGCCCCGAGAGAGCGCGGCUGAGGAGGAGAGCCCCGGCUCCCUGCGGGGACUCAGGUGCUGCUCUUUAAUUAGUGGGGAAGAGGCUGACACUGAGCAAGUGCUGCCUGACAAGUAACUGGGCAGGAGUUUCUUUGAUGGAUUACAAUUUCGGCAGACUCCAACCUGAGAAGAAGAAUGACAGCUCAGACACUUAAACCAGACUUCUCACCAUCCUGGAAAGGAACUGGCUUCCAGAAUUUGGUGGGUUUUUAAUGCUCUACCUCCCUCUGCUGUUACCAGCGAGAAGUUCCUCGACAAUGGGAAAUCAUGUACUCGCGGCUUCAAUUUCCAUGCUCUCGCUGCUGGUGAUGAUGGGAGACACAGACAGUAAAACAGACGGCUCCUUCCUGAUCGACUCCGACCCCAGCCGCUGUAUGAGGCACCACUACGUCGACUCCAUCAGCCACCCUCUCUACAAGUGCAGCUCCAAGAUGGUGCUGCUGGCUCGCUGUGAAGGCCGCUGCAGCCAGACCUCGCGCUCGGAGCCGAUGGUUUCCUUCAGCACCGUCCUGAAGCAGCCCUUCCGCUCCACCUGCCACUGCUGCCGGCCCCAGACCUCCAAGCUGAAGGCCAUGAGGCUGCGGUGCUCGGGGGGCAUGCGGCUCACGGCCACCUACCGCUACAUCCUCUCCUGCCACUGCGAGGAGUGCAACUCCUAGGGACCAAGGGGCACAGCAGACGGGGGACGAGGGGGUGCUGCUGUUGGGGAAGACUCCCAAGAAACAAUCCUAGGUCAGGCCCGUGCUCCAAGCACACAAUUGCAGCGAGGACAGGACUAACCAGGCUGGAUUGAAUCUGAGAGCAGAAGUACAAAAUAUCCUGGGUUGCUGGAGGGUGCUGGUACCACAGUGUGGGCUGUGACAAAGGCAAAAGCAUGAGGACUUGUUUUUAAGAAGCCUUUCUUUUUUUAUGAAAGGAUAUUUUUGAGAGUUUCUUCUUUUUCUGACUGAGCUCUGACUACAGAGAGGUGCUUUUACUUUAGGCCGUGGGCAGCAGGGGAACAGAGAAGAAGGUCAGCCAGGUAUCAGCACUGCAGUCUGGAAGCUGACAUUUGGACAGAGGAUGGGCAUCAGUUCCCACAGACAACCUCUUAACCUAUCAAUUUAUUCUCAGUUUUCUAGUUAUACUGGCCUUCAAAGCAAACUGUGCUGUUGGCAAGGGUCAUCUGUUACUGACCUAGUGGCCAAAUGCUGGAUAACUUUAACUGUGGUUUAGCAGAAAUUACAAAUAAACCAUUGAAAAGUGAA